UUCGCCCAGGCAGCCACAGUUUCAUCAAUUUUCCCUCCCAAAUGCAGCAAUCAAAUGUGAUCUCCCUCUUCCCUAACCUAAUGCCCCAGAUUCCAACCCCUCUCUACCAUUCGGAAACAAUCUGAGGGGAUGACGAUUGAGAUGCUGAAAGGAUUGCCGUUCUCGGUGGACACAUGGUCGCCUAAUUCGAACCGGAAGAGGCACCAUUUCCUCACCCACGCCCACAAAGACCACACUCAAGGGAUCUGCGCUUACGCCUCUUCUCCAAUCUACUGCACCCUUAUCACCCAGUCCCUUGUCCUUCAACAUUACGAUCAGCUUGACAGGUCAAUCUUUGUGAGAAUAGAGGUUGGGCAGAGUUUGGAGAUUGAGGAUCCCAAUGGUGGAUUCACCGUCACCGCCUUUGAUGCCAAUCACUGUCCUGGUGCUGUUAUGUUAUUGUUUGAAGGCAAAUUUGGCAACAUUUUGCAUACUGGAGAUUGCAGACUUACUAUUGAGUGUUUGAGAAGUCUGCCCGAGAAGUAUGUAGUGAAGAAAGGAAGACAGCCUAGGUGUCCGCUCGAUUGUGUUUUCCUGGAUUGCACUUUUGGCAAGUUUUCAUUGAGAAUGCCCACUAAGCAAUCAGCAAUCCAGCAGGUGAUCAAUUGUAUAUGGAAGCAUCCUGAUGCCCCAACCGUGUAUUUGACUUGCGAUCUUCUUGGACACGAGGAAAUCCUUGUGAGUGCAUCCAGAACAUUUGGCAGUAAGAUAUAUAUUGAUAAAGCAAAAAUCCCACAAUGUCUCCAAUCUAUGGAACUCUUGGUGCCUGAAAUUCUCUCUCAAGACCCAACGUCUCGUUUCCAAUUGUUUGAUGGAUUCCAUGGGCUGUAUGAUAGAGCAGAAGCCAAGAUUGCAGAAGCUCGGGCUAAUCUCCAACACGAACCUCUUAUAAUCCGUGCUUCAUCACAGUGGUAUGCAUGUGGCGACGAAGGGUGUUCACAAAUGGAAAAACAGAAAAAGGAAAGAUUCGAUCAAGCAGUGAGAGAUAUGCACGGAGUCUGGCAUGUCUGUUAUUCAAUACACUCUUCCAGGGAAGAACUGGAGUGGGCCCUGCAAAAUCUUGCACCCAGAUGGGUUGUGUCAACAACACCCUGUUGCAGGGCUAUGGAACUGGAUUACCUGAAGAAGCAUUGCUUUAACCGGAAGCGUGACAUGGACGAUCCAUUUUUGAAACUAUUGGAGAUUGAUGUGAGCGCGUCAUCUCAAGGCAUGCUGGAAGAAGCUUCCAGCCCAUCUGGAGUCACUUCUGAUGGUAAUAUUGAGAUCUUGACCCAGCUGGCAGUAUCGCCAAGUCGGCAGUUGCAGCAGCAUAUUUCUGCUCCAAGGAAGAAGCCACCCGUUACAUUAUUUGGUCGAGCUAGACACGGGGUUGUAGGUCCCGCUUUCACCAUUGAAGUAAAAAAAGAAUGUGUAUUUAUGAAUAGUAUUACUGAGGGGGGUGGCAAGAAUGAGUUGGAGUGCUCUAAAUAUUCUAUGACAGAUUUAAACAAAUCCGAAGAAUCUAAUGGAUCCUCAGAGAUUGUUACCAAGGAGGAGGAAAAAGAGAGUUGUUUGGAUGAAAAACAAGGUUCAAAUGUGUUUGAACCGGAAUGCAAGUCAACAGAUGAUAUAAAAGAGCAUCAUGAAAGAAGUGUUCAUUCUGCCGUACCAAACGGAUCCUCAAACAAUUUUAGUGCAAGCAUGAGAAGGUUUUACCGGUCCAUGAAUGCAUCAGUGCCUCAGCCUCUUCCAUCACUUGUAGAACUUAUGGCUGCUAAUAGAAAACGUGCAAAAAGGUUGCUGUGCCUGUGAGUUAUACGUUUAGAUUCUCUCUUGUGGUUCGUGCCUGCUGCUGUCUUUAAUCUUCCCAUAUGUGCCAGCAUGAUGUCAACUUGGUUCUUUCUCUGCCCUAUUCUUUUUCCAUUAUUGGAAUUGAAGCCCUUUUCCGCCCUAUCCUUUUUUCAUUAUCAAAUUUGAACUCCUUUAAGGUACUCAAUGGAAAUGCACAACAAGCUCAGACGGCAUGUAUUUUCUUAUGAGUAGCUUAACCAUUGUUGCAGACCAAGUUUUUGGCUGGAGUACUGGACCAAUACGACAUCGUAUUACAAAUGCUCCUCUUUUUUAAUGCAAAAAUAUGUUUUUACGCUUGCAGUAUUUAUUUCGGGCUGUUAAAGAUUG